CCUCUUAUCCUCCCCGGCGGUUCCCUCACUCCCCGGAAAAUGGAGGCCACCACUACACUCACGCUCUCCUCGUCCCCUGCCAUCGCGGCCCGCCGCUCGCCAGUGAGGGCGACCAUCUCCCAAUCCCACCUCCGGCAUUGCCCCGUCCGCACUUCGCGCCUCCACGUUGCCCAGAGCCUGGCCUCACGUCCCCUCUCCUCGGGGUGGCGGUGGCGGCGGCGGGGGAGCGGGCUGGUGGUGCGGGCGGAGACGUUCGGGCAGCUCACCACCGGGCUCGAGUCCGCGUGGAACAAGCUGCGUGGCGUCGAUGUGCUGACGAAGGAAACCAUUGUGGAGCCGAUGCGGGACAUCAGAAGAGCGCUUCUGGAAGCAGAUGUCAGUUUGCCGGUCGUCAGACGGUUCGUGUCGUCUGUGAGCGAGAAGGCUUUAGGUUCAGAUGUUAUCCGAGGAAUCCGACCGGAGCAGCAAUUAGUCAAGAUUGUGCAUGAUGAACUUGUUCAACUGAUGGGUGGAGAGGUAUCAGACUUGGUGUUCGCAAAAACUGGCCCAACGGUCAUCCUACUGGCAGGUCUGCAAGGUGUUGGGAAGACAACUGUCUGUGCAAAACUUGCAUUCUAUCUGAAGAAACUGGGGAAGAGUUGUAUGCUGGUCGCUGCAGAUGUUUACAGGCCUGCUGCCAUUGAUCAACUCACUGUACUGGGUGAACAGGUGGGUGUGCCAGUUUACUCAGAAGGAACCACAGCAAAACCUGCAGAAAUAACCAAGAAUGCCAUGGAAGAGGCGAAAAGAAAUAAUAUUGAUGCGAUCGUAGUGGAUACUGCUGGCAGACUGCAGAUUGAUAAAACAAUGAUGGUUGAAUUGAAAGAAGUAAAGAAGUCUGUUAAUCCUACAGAGAUUUUGCUUGUUGUUGAUGCCAUGACUGGCCAGGAAGCUGCAGCAUUGGUCACAACCUUCAAUAUUGAAAUUGGUAUAUCCGGUGCUAUAUUGACUAAAUUGGAUGGUGAUUCCAGGGGUGGAGCAGCACUUAGUGUUAAAGAGGUGUCUGGAAAGCCCAUCAAGUUUGUAGGGAGAGGAGAGCGAAUGGAGGACCUUGAGCUUUUCUAUCCCGACCGCAUGGCACAACGUGUUUUGGGAAUGGGAGAUGUCCUUUCAUUUGUUGAAAAAGCACAAGAAGUCGUUCGUCAAGAGGAUACCACGGAACUGCAGAAGAAGAUCAUGAGUGCAAAAUUUGACUUCAAUGACUUCUUAAAACAGACACAAAAUGUUGCCAAAAUGGGAUCCAUGAGCCGUGUAAUUGGAAUGAUUCCAGGCAUGAACAAGGUUACUCCUGCGCAAAUUCGGGAAGCCGAGAAAAGACUUGCAUUCGUAGAGUCGAUGAUUAAUGCAAUGACAGCCGAGGAAAAGGAAAAACCUGAGUUGCUGGCUGAAUCACGCGAGAGGAGGAUUCGGGUAGCUGAGGAGUCCGAGAAGACAGAACAAGAGGUGAGCCAACUGGUUGCACAGCUCUUCCAAAUGCGCGCGCAGAUGAAGAAAUUGAUGGGUAUGAUGCAAGGGCAAGAAGCAAUUGCAGGAAUGGGAGAUCUCAUGGACUCGCUUAACGCGGACGAGAAGGCACCUCCUGGCACCGCACGGAGGAGGAGACGGCGGAGUGAGCCGCCGCGGCAGAGGGAGUUGGAUGCAGUGGGUGGCGCCAGUAGGCCUUGAGUUGUGCACUGGAGCUUGAUUUUUUACUGGAAUAGUUGUGGAUUGGCAUGUACUCCCUCCGUUCCUAAAUGGAGUAUAAAUCUUUUUAGAUAUUCCACUAGGGGACUACAUACGGAGCAAAAUGAAUGAAUCUACACUCUAAUGUAUGUCUAUAUACAUCUGUAUAUAGUUUUUUAGUAAAAACUCUUAAAAGACUUAUAUUUAGGAACGGAGGGAGUAGAUACGGGUCCUGCUGCAUGGUGUAAUAUUUCAUGUACAUUUUGGUAUGCCGAGUUUAAGGUUCAUGGGAAA